CAAUGCGGCGUGUGCGAAGAUCUGUACUUCCCCGCCAGAAAGCCUUGUAUGGCCCAUCUGAAAGAGCAGCAUUCUGGAAUUAGUUUUAAAUGCACAUUAUGUAAGAAGAUAUUUAGGAGAAAUGAUAACCCGCAUCAAUGCAGAGCGAAGAAAACUGAUUUUUAUAUGUUUAAUCAAAUGACUGGUGAUAAGGGAAACAGAGCAGAGAGGGAGUUGGAGAAAUUUUUAGAACGGGCAGAAAAGAAGUGGUGUAUAAAUUUGAAUGAGAAGAUAACAGCAAGGAAGGGAACAAGACCAAUACUACCAGAGAGGAGAAAAGAAAGAACUAGGACUUUGAGUGAAAGUAGUAGCAGCAGCAGUGAUAGCAGUGAUAGUGAAGAAAGUAGUGAGGAAGAAAUGGAGUUAGAGAAAGAGUUAGAAUUAAGUGACGAUGAGUUUGAAAGUUUUCAGGAGGAAAGUUAUUUAAAAGAAGUGAAAAUGUAUGAGCUGGAUGAAUAUGAAAAGAAGAAAGAUGAACAGAAAAGAAAAAUUGAUCAAGAAAAGAAGGAACGAAUUGAAAAAGAAAGGUUGGAGAGGGAAAAACAAAAGGAGGUUGAAAGACAAAUGAAAGAUAGAGAAGAUAAUGAAAGGAAACAGAAGGAAGAAAAAGAAAGGAAGGAAAAUGAGGAAAAAGAAAGGAAAGAAAAAGAGAAGAAGGAAACUGAGGAAAAAGAAAGGAAAGAGAAAGAAAAGGACAGAGAGGAAAAAGAAAGAAAAGAUAAGCUAGAGAAAGAAAGGAAGGAAAAAGAAAAGAAGGGCAGAGAAGAAAAAGAAAGAAAAGAUAAGCUAGAGAAAGAAAGGAAGGAAAAAGAAAAGAAGGACAGAGAGGAAAAAGAAAGAAAAGAUAAGCUAGAGAAAGAAAAGAAGGAAAAAGAAAAGAAGGACAGAGAGGAAAAAGAAAGAAAAGAUAAGCUAGAAAAAGAAAAGAAGGAAAAAGAGGGAAAGGAAAAAAAGGAAAAAGAGGAGAAAGACAGAAAGGAAAAAGAAAGGAAGGCGCAUGAGGAAAAAGAAGAGAAGGCAAGACAAGAGAAAGAGAAGGAAAAAGAAGAGUUACAUAAAAAGAAGGAAACAGAGGAGAAACAAAUAAAUGAAGAGAAAAAUAAAAAGGAAAGAGAAAAUCAGAAAUCCAAGAAUGAGGAAAAUGUAAGGAGGAAAAAGAUGAGAAAGAAAGACAGAAAAAUCAGGAAGAAAUUAGGAAAGGAGAGAAAAAGGACAAAAAUGAGAAAGAAAGCAAGAAAAAGGAGGAAAAACAAAAAGAGGGGGAAAACAAGAAUAAGAAUGAGAAAGACAAAGAAAGUAAGAGAAAGGAGGAAAAACAGAAAGAAGAUACAAAAAGAAAGAAAGAUGAACAUAAGAAAACUGAUAAAGAGAAGGUACUUAAGAACUUGUAUAGAGAAAUUGAAAUAA